AUGAAGAAGAAGAAGAAGAAGAACAUAUCAUCGGUGAUUGCCUCGUCUUCGAAGAAGGCAUUUUUGAAGACCCAUUUCUCAAAGAAACAUUCGAACCCACCUGAGAAUUUGGUUCCAGAGAACUGGAAAGAAGCUCAGGCGGCGAUCAACAUUACGAAGAAAGAAAGGCGAAAAAUUGCGCAGCAAUUGGAGUUUGGUAGUAGGGUAGAGAAGAGGAAGCAAGGGUUGAGGCCUAUAGGGAAUGUGAGUUUGGAGGAGUAUGUUAAGCGUAGGGAUGAUAAUUUGGCCCAAUUGAACCCCGUUGUUCUAGAUAAUCCAAAUUUUCUUGCGGUGGAGGAGGAUGUGAAUCAUUCAAAGCUGGGUAGCUCAGUUUCGAAUAGUAGAGUGGCACCGAGGAAUCCAAGGCUGGCGGUGUAUGGUGGUACUUUGGAUGACAUUUCAGAGUUUUUCAGUAGUGGGAAUUAUGAUCCUAGUACUGCCCAGAAAUCAGAAGGUCCUCGUAAGUUGUUUACAAAGGACGAAAAAACUUUAUUGAAUAGGCGGAUACCUGAUCUUGCUGCUGCCACCUCUGGCAAAUGGCAACCUUUGCACACUCUUGCUGCAUCUGGAGAAUUUUACCUUGUCAAUGUUUUGUUGAAGCACUGCAGUGAUGUCAAUGUCCCAGACAAGGAAGGAUUGACUGCACUUCACAAAGCAAUUCUUUGCAAAAAGCAUGCUAUUUUUAAUUAUCUUUUGAGAGAAUCGGCAAAUCCAUUUGUUCGCGAUAAGGAAGGGGCUACCUUGAUGCACUAUGCUGUCCACACGGCAUCAAGUCAGAUGAUAAAAAUUCUUCUGUUGUAUAAUGUUGACAUAAACCUCGCGGACAAUGAUGGGUGGACGCCAUUACAUGUAGCUGUUCAAUCCCGCAGAACAGAUAUUGUGAGGCUUUUGUUAAUCAAGGGAGCUGAUAAGACCUUAAAAAACCGGGAUGGUUUAACCCCACUGGACCUUUGCCUUUAUUCUGGUCGAGACACAAGGACUUAUGAGCUCAUCAAGCUGAUGAAACAGUUUCCCAGCCACCCCAAACUGGUCUGA